UCUUGCUGUAAAGUCCAGUUGCUACCAAAACCUAAAUAUUGCAGGACGCUUUGGCGUUCUUAUAAAAUUGUAUACCAGUCAAUGACAUUAAGUUGUAUAAACGGAAAAUUAUUCGAAUUCUUCACUUGACAGCUGCUUAAAAGUUAUCCCCACUGAUUAAUUUUAAUCGGUUUUAGUAUUUGUACAUAAUAAAGUUUUCACGUUAAUGGCCAAUAUGUUGAUUCGGACUAAGUGUAAAUAUAAUACAGCAGUUUUAAUACGAGUGUUGUUUUUGGGAAUACCCUUCGCGCAUUAUUUAUUGUUCGGCGCGAUUAUAGGUGAACAGAAAACUACAGGACUCGAGUUCUCUUCUCGACAUCUGCUAUCAAUUGAUGUGCACGAAAAGAACUGUACCUCACCAGCCAUUCUUGAGUUUCCUUCGGAUGGUCUUAACAGGAAUCAGAGACAACAGGGCUUCAUCUUAUUCCACUGUGUCCUGGCUUGUUACUGCUUUCUUCUUCUCGGCGCUGUCUGCGAGCACUACUUCGUCCCCGCUAUCGAGAUGAUAUGUGAACGUCUACACAUGGAAUCCGACAUAGCUGGUGCAACAUUCAUGGCCGCAGCGAGUUCAAGUCCGGAGCUAUUUAUAAAUUGUGUCGGCACUUUCGUGACUGAAGGAGACUUGGGAGUGGGCGCGGUCGUUGGCUCAGCAGUUUUUAAUGUACUAGCUGUACCAGCGUGCUGUGCCCUCGUUGCCGGGAGGGUUAUAGAGCUGGACUGGUGGUCUAUAUCUCGGGACUGUCUGAUGUAUGCAGUGGCCGUGCUGGCUCUUAUCCUCACUUUAUUGGACGAUAUGGUAUACUGGCAUGAAGCACUUCUACUCGUUCUCAUGUACACACUUUAUAUACUGGCGAUGGUGUUUAACGACAAACUUGGAAAUUUUGUCAGAAGUGGAUGCUGCUACACUCGAAAGCCAAAACUGUUCACUGAGGUGACCCCACUUUUGUUUAAAGAAAAGAACUCAUUAGAUACUGCAAAUCGUGUCACCGUCAAAAACCAAAAAAUAAACGACGUGGAACAGGGGACAAAGUUUACGAAAAGAUACAACUCCACGGACACAGAAUCAAGCAAAAGUCAUCUUUGGUCCUGGCCCGAUGGUAUGUCUUCCACAAAGAAAUUCUUCUGGGUCGUGACAUGGCCUCUUUGCCUGCUCCUUUGGAUCACGAUUCCUGACUGUAGACUACACCCACGUCUUUACCCACUCACUUUCAUGAUGUGUGUAACAUGGAUCGGUGGGGUUUCCUAUAUAGUAGCUUGGAUAAUUACUAUCAUUGGUGACACCCUUGAUGUUCCCGAUAGCAUUACUGGAUUGACAAUUCUUGCUGCAGGGACUAGCCUCCCUGAAGCCGUUUCCAGCGUUCUUGUGACUAACCACGGACACGGCACAAUGGGAAUAAGUAACUCUAUUGGAUCAAAUACAUUCGAUAUUCUACUCUGUCUGGGUCUCCCUUGGCUUAUUAAGUCCCUCUUCUAUCCAUGCGUGCCUGGUAACCACUGGGUUCAGAUAAACUCUAGUGGAUUGUCGUACAGCGCCAUCUCUCUGUUGUCCACGCUGUUUGCACUAUACGGCGCACUCGCUUUAAACAAAUUUCAGUUAGAUUGGAAAGUUGGCUUUACCUGCGCAGGUGUCUAUCUUGGUUUCUUAGUACUAGCUGCACUGAUUGAGUUGAACGUACUUUUUGAUGUCAAUCUGCCAAUAUGCCCACACUUUUAAUCGCAUUUUUUAUAGCUAAGAUUAAGUUUAUAUGUAUAUUAAAUACUUAAAACAAAAAAAAAAUUCGAGGACGUUUUAAGAUUUUUUAGGUAAAAUAUGUAACAAAUCAUCCGCAUAUCGUAUGAUAUUUUGAAGUUCAACAAGAUUUGUGCCUAAUCAUUUCUGAUCUAGUGUUCAAAGCGAACUUCUCGCCUAACAUUUGGACAGGUUCAUUUACGGCAGGGUAGACUUGAUAGAAUUUCUAAACUUUCAAAAACAAACUUCAACACAAGUGCACCCCAUACAACAAUUGAAUAAUUAAUUGAAUUAUAGUAUAUAUUCGUAAAUAAUAUUAUAAGCAGAUUAAGGAGGUUUUUGUUACAUGUGAUAAAGAAUGUUAUGUAUUCGGUCCUUUCUUGAAUGUAUUCUUACUUUCGCCUUUCAAUUUCAUAUUUUGCGUGACUGAUGCGUAUUGUUCGCUGUCUAUUAACAAUUACGAAGACUUAAGGUUAAUUAAAUGAAUAAGCAAGUAAUUGUUACUCUUUUAUUUAUUAAAAGUUAAGAUUUAUCAUAAACGUGAUAAAAGCCUCGUACGUAUCUAGUAAGUAAUGUAAGGGAAUUAAAUGUAUAUGCAACGCUUAAUACAAUGCGAGCAAGCAAAUCGCA